GUCAUGAAUGGGAAAGAGAAUUUUAUGCUGUAAAGUCUGGUUCAUGGUGUUUACAAUGUUCUUGGGAUGGGCAAAAAGUUGGAUUACAAGUUGCUAAAGAGAUUGCAUUCAGUAAAGGUGGAGAGUGUUUAUCCGAGGUUAUGGGGAGAUGGUGUAAGAUAUGCUCUAAAGAAAAGCGGAAAAAUAUUAAUCCAAAAUAUGAGCUUUCUAAUCUUUUAAUAGCAAUAAAAAUCGCACAUACACAUGGAGAUAAAUGUCUUUCAAGCUCAUAUGAUGAUAAUGCAUUACCCCUCAUUUGGGAAUGUUCUAAAGGACAUAGAUGGACUACUUCGCUUGCGAAUGUUAAGAAUCAAG